AUGAGAGAGAUUGCUGGGGCCCUCGAAGGAUCACCAUGGAUUAUCGGUGGCGACUUCAACACCAUCCUAUCACACCGAGAUAGGGUUGGGAGCGACACCAACAGGCAAGCCGAGAUGGUCGGCUUCGCAGAGGCAAUUGAAGACUGUAGGCUCCUUGAUCCGGGGUUCGAUGGGGCGGAAUUCACAUGGGCCAAAAACGGCCUCUUUGAAAGAUUGGAUAGAGUGCUUGUUAGUGAGGGUUGGGCUAGGGCCUUCGAAGCUACUCGGGUUACGAACCUCCCUCGGGUUGCUUCGGACCACGGGCCGGUCCUUGUAAGAUGUAAGAUGCUGAACACUACCAUCGGAGGCAAGGCAUUCCGAUUCCAGAACAUGUGGAUCCGACAUGGGGGGUUCAUGGCUGUAGUGCAAAAUGCAUGGGAGGAGAGUACGGGGGCGAGUGGACUCCUAAAUAUUCAAAUCAAACAUGCUAGAGUGAAAAGAGCCCUAAAGGCGUGGAACAAAGAAGUUUUUGGGAACAUCCAUGCCAACCUCAAGGAAAAGGAGGAAGGAAUUGCCGUGGCUCAAUCCAUCUUCGAGGCAAGGCCAACACCGGAAAAUAGGACAAUGAUCAAUAAAUACAUUGCCGAGUACAUCAUGUUGCUGAAAAUGGAAGAGGAUUUUUGGCGGCAAAAGGCAGCCCUGAGAUGGCUUGCGGAGGGCGACAAAAAUACCCGGUUCUAUCAAAGCUGGGUGAAACAAAAAGAGUUCGCCUACGCAUCCACUCGAUUCGUGUCAACGGCCAGAACUUACUGA